AUGGAAAUACAUAGUGAAAGCCUUCUGCCCAACUAUUGUCGAUUACUCGCCAUUCGUCGUGAGAUUCACUGCAUGCCUACGGAGGAGUUACAUCCAGAAGUCCGAAUGCGGACUGUCAUCCAUGCAAGUUUGGAGUCCGGAUUUUGGAAUAGAGAAAUACAGACCUGCAGAGCGACCACACUGGGCUUAGGGCUUAUUCCCCGACGCAAAGCUGUCGCUUGA